AUGGAAACGGAGAUGCAUGCUCUUAUGAAAAACAACACAUGGGAGAAGUGCAGCCUUCCUAAAGGAAAGAAAAUAGUUGGAUGCCGGUGGGAGUAUUCAAUCAAAUGUAAACCAGAUGGUUCCAUUGGAAGAUACAAAGCACGUCUUGUAGCCAAGGGUUACACUCAGACGUAUGGGAUCGAUUACUCUGAGACAUUUUUCCAGUUGCAAAAAUGGACACCAUCAGAGUCCUCUUCUCUGUGGCAGCUAAUAAGUAAUGGCCUCUCCACCAGUUCGAUAUUACAAACGAAUUUCUCCAUGGAGACCUAA